AGUGACACAAAAAUUACUACAUACAGUAAUAAUUUAUUUUGAAAUGUUCAUUUAGUUCUUCUGAAACAUUUUGUCACAUUCGUAAAAGAGUAGCCAUCUGAUCUCAAGUAACAAUAUACAAAAAAUACAGCAUAGCAAUGGCUGUAUCUACUUUUCUGGUAAAACCUAGGUCAGGAAAAAAAACUCCAGUCCAAAGCUGCAAACAAAAUCCCAUUAGUCAACAAUCCACUCUUAAAGUUCAACCAAGUCAAAAAUCUGUGUCAGGGAGAGGGCAGUCAAAAUCUACUGUACAGAGGCAGGCCAUUUUCUCUCAAACACCAAAGGACAACAGUGUCCAGGAAACAGUGACUGAUGAAAAAAUGCAAAAUUUUGCAAUUGAAGAUACUCCUGUAUGCUUUUCUCGUAAUUCAUCAAGUUCGCUCAGUGACAUUGACCAGGAGAAUAAUAAUAAAAAAUCAGCACAGCAUACUGAACAGGGAGAACACACAAGUAGCCAAGUUUCAGUGAACAGACCACCAACAUCCGGCUAUGCCCCUAAGUCAUUUCAUGUUGAAGACACACCUGUGUGUUUCUCCAGGAAUAGCUCCCUUAGCUCUCCCUUAGAUUCUGGAGAUGACCUUCUCCAAGAAUGCAUCAGUUCAGCUAUGCCAAAGAAGAAAAAGCUCCUUGCAAAACGCAAGAGUAACUGGGAAAAUACGGGAAGUGAUACCUCCACAGCAUCAGCAGAGGAGAUGAAUGAGUCGAUGAAUUUAAGAGACGUGCAAAGCCCUAUUUCAGAGCAAGCUUUCUCUCCAGAUUCUGAAAGUUUUGAUUGGAAAGUCAUUCAAGAGGGUGCUAAUUCUAUAGUCAGUAGCUUGCACCAGGCUGCUGCCUGCCUGUCAAGACAGGGCUCUUCUGAUUCUGACUCCAUUCCCUCCCUUAAAUCUGGUAUUUCCUUAGGGUCACCCUUUCAUCUUACACCUGAUCAGGAAGAAAAACCAUUCGCUUCUAAUAAGGGCCCUAAAAUAGUGAAACCUAGUGAUAAAAUCACUAGUGACAAUAAAAAGAACGAAGAAGAAAAUGCUAAAGCAAUUCGUGGAGGAAAAAGAAUCUAUAAAAGUUUAAUAACUGGGAAGGCCCGUUCUAAUAUUGAGACUCCUACCAACCAGCAAAAACAUUCCCAACAGGCAAAUAUGCCAAUGAUCUCACGCGGAAGGACAAUGAUUCAUAUACCUGGUGUAAGGAACAGUCAACCUAGCACUAGCCCUAUUCCGAAGAUGCCACCUAAAAAUAUAACCUCUAAAAGUCCAAAUUCUGGGCAGAGCUCAAGUCAUUUGUCAAGAGGUAUUAAAACUCCAUUAAAAUUAGAGUCAAGUCCAAUAGGCAAGCAAACAGCUGGUCAUGGAGCAUCCAGCAGCAAAGGAUCUUUGAGAUCAGGAUCUAGAGAUUCUACUUCCAGACCUUCCCAACAAUCGUUAUCUAGACCCAUGCAAUCUCCUGGUAGGAAUUCCAUAUCUCCAGGGAGAAAUGGGAUUAGCCCCUCCAACAAAAUGUCACAGCUUCCAAGAACAUCCUCUCCAAGUACUGCCUCAGCUAAACCGUCAGGAUCAGGAAACAUGUCCUACACAUCUCCAGGCAGACAAUUAAACCAACAGACCACACCAAAACAAACAAGCCUAGGAAAGAGCACACCUUCUAUAACAAGAAGUGAGCCUCAUUCUAAAGGUCUAAGCCAGAGUAGCAGUAGCACUGUACCGGGUAAAAGAGUAGAAUUGUCAAGAAUGUCUUCAACAAAAUCCAGUGGCAGUGAGUCUGACAGAUCUGAAAGGCCUACAUUAAUGCGCCAGUCAACAUUUAUAAAAGAAGCCCCAAGUCCAACUUUGAGAAGAAAAUUAGAAGAAUCUACUUCUUUUGAAUCUUUAUCUCCACCUUCUAGGCCUACAUCACCGAGAUCACAAACUCAGACUCCGGUUUUAAGUCCAUCCCAGCAUUUGGAUGUGAUGCCCAGUCAUUUACUAAACCAAACCAGUAGUUGGAGAAAAGUGCCUCCAAACCAGAAUCUCUCUGCAGAACAGCUGGAAGGGCGACCAAUGCGGAAACAUGACAUAGCUCGAUCUCAUUCUGAGAGUCCUUCAAGGCUUCCAGUCAAUAGAUCAGGUACAUGGAAGCGUGAACAUAGCAAGCACUCCUCAUCUCUUCCUCGCGUUAGCACAUGGCGUAGAACGGGGAGUUCUUCAUCAAUUCUGUCAGCUUCUUCAGAAUCAAGUGAGAAGGCCAAAAGUGAAGAUGAAAAACCACAUCAGGGAAGUUGUGCACAUGGUAGCAAACAAGGCAAGGAAAACCCCGUUCCUUUGAGAGGAACUUGGAGGAAAAUUAAAGAUAAUGAAAUUCCACAAAUAAAUAGCCAUGUUCAGAAUAAUUCAACUGGACAUAGCAAUGAAAGCAAAAAUUUAGUUUACCAGAUGGCACCCCCUGUAUCAAAAACAGGACGUCUGGGUGAGAAUCGAAGACUGCCCAAUAAAUAA